AUGUACAUUAUUUCUGCCGUUAUUAAUAGUUUAGGACUUGAUAUUGAUAAAUAUAACUUGAGUUAUUCCACCAUUCGCAAUGCGCGUAUUUCAAAAAGAAAAGAAUUUGUCAAUACGAUUAAAGAAACAGAAAAUUUUAAUGACUCUCUCGUAGUUCACUGGGAUGGGAAGGUGCUUCCUGCGGGAAACGACCAACCUAAAGCAGAACGACUAUCAAUACACGUCACAGGUAUAAGUUCUGACAAAAAUUUGAAAACUCCGAUUCUCUCUGAUGGCACAGGAGAAAGCCAAGCUUCAGCCAUUUUUGAAACGUUGACAGAGUGGAAUCUUUGCGAUAAUAUUAAAGCGAUGUGCUUUGAUACAACUAGCUCAAAUACUGGUUGUGAUAGUGGCGCCUGUACAUUAGAAGAUAAAAUUGGCCGUGACUUAUUAUAUCUUGCUUGCCGUCAUCACACUUCUGAAUUGAUGUUACGAAAUGUCGCAGAAGUUGCUUGGCCAGUGACAAAUAGUCCGAAUGUACCAAUUUUCAAAAGAUUCAGAGAUAAUUGGGAAAAAAUUGAUAAAUCCUUGUAUGAAAUCGGCACAGAGGAUGGAGAUAUUGCACCUAUCUUAAAUCAAAAAAAGGAUUAUAUUCUUGACUUCAUCGGAAAACAGCUAAUUAAUAGAUUUAGAAAAUUUUAUAUUUGA